AUCGGGAGCAUCCCGGACGCGGUGCUGGCGGCGCUGAAGGGGCACAAGGAUCUGGGCGUCCACUCGGAGAUGUUCAGCGACGGGGUCGUGGACCUCGUGGAGCUGGGGUGCAUCACGAAUCACCAGAAGGUGGUGCAGCCGGGGAAGCUGGUGGGGAGCUUCUCGAUCGGGACCAGGAGGCUCUAUGACUUCAUGGACAACAAUCCGUUCGUCUUGAUGGGGGACGUGUCCUUCGUGAAUAACGGGUUCGUGAUCUCUCAGAACCCGAAGGUGGCAGCGAUCAACUCCUGCAUCGAGGUGGACCUGACGGGCCAGGUCGUGGCCGACUCCAUCGGCACCAGGAUGUAUUCGGGCGUGGGAGGCCAGAUGGACUUCCUCCGGGGAGCGGCGCUGGGCUUCGACGGGAGGGGGAAGCCGAUCCUCGCUCUGCCCUCCACCACCAGCAAGGGAGAGUCCAAGAUCGUGCCUUUCAUCAAGCAAGGCGCAGGCGUGGUGACCACCCGUGCCCACGUGCACUACAUCGUGACGGAGUACGGGAUCGCCUACCUGUUCGGGAAAAACCUCCGGCAGCGGGCGCACGCGCUCAUCCAGAUCUCCCACCCGGACCACCGGGAGUUCCUGGAGAAGGCGACGUUCGAGAGGCUCAAGUGCAUGCCGUCCCCGUGAUCGGCGAGGGCGGAGCGGUAGUGUCCCCCCCCUCCGGACUCCUUUCUCAUGCGAUCGCGGUAGGGGAUGGAUGUUUUGAGUGCGUGGACGAGUCGGUAGGUCGGUCGGUGUAUCUCACGUAGGGUAGCUUUCGGG